CCCCCCUGCUUUGAGCCUCGGAAAAAGUGAACUAGGAGUGGGUGGUGUUCAUCUCAAGAGGCUGGCCCAAAGGGGCAGGGCUGGGCUGGGACCUCCCCAGUGGGGCGGGACCCCAGGCUGGAGGAAAGUAGUGUGUCUGGAGAGGACCACAUACACAGAAGACAUGGCAGGAACCAGUCUGGGGGCUAACCUCUACCGGAAGAUCAAGAGACAUCCAGCGCUCAUCCCUAUGAUUGGCUUCAUCGGCCUGGGCCUGGGCAGCGCUGCGCUUUACCUACUUCGCCUCGCUGUGCGCAGCCCCGACGUCUGCUGGGACAGAAAGAACAACCCGGAGCCCUGGAACCGCCUGAGCCCCAAUGACCAGUACAAGUUUCUGGCAGUUUCCACGGACUAUAAGAAGCUGAAGAAGGACAGGCCGGAUUUCUGAGGCGGUGUGGUCGGCUCUGGGGUGAACUGCCGCCCCGGGCGUCCCACUUCCCUCAGCUUGCCUUGGCCCCCACGUUCAUGGUACCCCCAGCCACCCGUCCAGCUCUGCUCCCAUGACAGGGUUCCCACGCAGAGGGAGGCAGCUCCAACGCCCCUCCUCCCUCGCUCCAGUAGCGGAAGCGCCUCUGACCCUGGGCUUGA